AUGAUAUCACAUCUAUUUGUUGUUUUGAUUUCAUUGGACAAUACCAGUUUAAAAAACUGUGGUGCAUCUAACGAUGUAAUUCAAUUAACGAAUCUUCAAAUAAUUCCUCAUCCAAUGAAAAUUCCAAGUUCGGCUAUAUUUUCACUUUAUGUUAAAACAACUGAAGAUAUUGUCGGCCCUAUUAAGACGGAGUUUAAAUUGCAUAAAGUUGUUUGGGGGUUUAAUAUUGAAGUUCCUUGCACCGACGGUGUUGGUUCAUGUAAAUAUGAUGAUUAG